UAGAAGAAAGUGAGGGAAAAAAUUAAGUCACUCGUGAUUGAACGUUUUGAGCAAACUAACAAAACACGCGCAAUAAAAGUGAGGCGUGUUUGAUGGAUCUAAGGAAAAGGAAGUGGACUGGGUCCAAAAUAAACCGGGUUUCGGCCAAUAUGUGUGAGAGCAUGUUUGAAAAUACGAUGCACCACGUGUUUGGAUGGCCACAGACUAAAAGACGAGGCAAACUUCUAAGAAAAGCGAUUCAACUAAAGUUACAGCUAGCGUUUAUUGCACGGUAAAACAAUUCAGACAUAGAAAUACACAGAUCUUCUUAGAAAUAAAUAAACAUUCUCGAGAAUGCCAAACGUUGAAACGGCCAGGCCUACUGCGUAAAGUUAACCGCAAGGAUGGUUCGUUUAAGUGGAUUGACGUUGAGCAAACAUCUUGUUUCUUUCGUUUAACUUUUUUUUUGCCUCUUGACAAAGAUGUAAGUUAUGAUUAUUUUGGUACAAAAAAAAACCUUUGUCGCAUUUACUCAUUUUAAAUUUCCGUUUCAUGAAGCUUCCCAUAAAAGCAAAUAACUUAAUUUUACAUACGUUGCGCGAUUGUGCAACCACCAGCUGAUAAGACCCGCUAGUAGCAACACAGAAACUCAACCCAACAACCAUUCAAGGAGGGGGCUUUAUUUGCUCAAUUUAUUGAUUAUUUCGAUUGUUCAAAUUGCAAUCUCAAGCCACCACCGGGGCGGGUCUUAUCGCAACACUUUUGACGGAUCCACGGUCGAAAAUCGCAUCGCGCGGUAGUCGUUCAAGACCUUGACUGAUUAUCAUUAUGCCAUUGUGUGUACUUGCUGAGAAGAAUUAAGAAUACAAAAAAAAAUGUUUAUUUUUCCCCGUGUCUUGUCUUGCGACAUGGGCGGCGCGAGGACGGGCUGUAAAGUUCAAAUUGAUAAUAAAUCAGUCCGUCAGUUUCGAGUGUAUUGUUGGGGCCCGAUGGUUGUCUUCGCGCCGAGGUAGAUGGAUGGGAAUUUUCAGAUCCGUUGGUCGAGUUAUGAGCAUGGUAGUAACGGGCGAUUCACGAUUUCACGAUUACCGUGUGCUUUUAUAAUUUUGGUUUCGUUGAGCGUUUUAGCAGAAUGCAUUACUAUUGUACGCUUUUACAAGUUUUGGGCAAGCCAUGCAUUUUUUUUUAAUAAUUUUAACAAUAUUUUCUGAACUUAAUUUAAUACAAUACUUUAAGCAAACCCGAUAUUGCCGGUUAAUUUUUUUUAUUUAAAUUUUACCAUGGAAAAUCUCCCUUAUCCCCUUAAACAAGUGCUAUAAUGAGUAACUGUGAUGCUCGCUCGUCUAGAUAAAUUAUCGUACUAUGAAUCAUUUUGGUAAAUGACAACUAAUACAAAUGUCAAAACCACCCACAGCCACCAUAUUUCUACUGAAACGCUCUGCCAAAGAUAGAAUAAAUUCAAACAUGUGCUGAUUCAAGUAAAACUCCCAUUCAUGCCGCUAUCCGACCACGUGCAACAGUUCGAUGACGCACGUAAGGAGGUGUCCAUCAUCGCAGCACGCUAUGUUGAACAAACGUUAGACACGCUCAAAUCGGUUGUCAAGAGACCAUCAAGUGCUCUGAUUAGCAUUUUUUUAUCAGUCCCGUAAUAUUGAUCAGAAGAGGCGUCAAAAUUUAUUUAGUAGUAGCUCCAUAAUAGGAGAUAUCAUCCAAGAGAUCCAAAAUGUCAACCGGCGCGGUAGGCGUCGUGGAAGCGACAGUGUUGCCAAACAACCAGUGAGUCUUUCUUAAUAGCCUACUUUGCAUACUUGAUGGGCGCACAAACGCACACACACACACACACAUACUCACUCGCGUAGGAAUGCACUUCCCGGCAAGGAAAGUUGCUGUGCCAGCAAGCAGCGGACUCAGGUUCAGGCACCGGAUUGAGACCGAGACCGAGAAAAAAAACACGAUGCUAGCUUGGUGGUGCAGCACCAGAGUUAAACGACCAGCGGCCGAAUGCUACGCGGAAACAUUACAGAAAGGUUGUCCCGAGAUUUGUCCACGCAUCGCCCUGUCCCAGGGCCAUCCGCUCGUCAACGAUUGGAGUGACCGUCUAAGAAGUGCCACAAUGUGAAAGUGUAGAAUUAAGAAAGUUAGUGCUUGUGUUCCAGCUUCCAUUUAUUGUGAUUACAAAAAUAUUUGUGAGAAUAAAUUCGAUUUUGAAAUUCGUUUUAUUUAAAAAAAAUAGUAAAUAAAAAUAUUUUACUAACUGCUUCUAGCUAAAUUCUAGCAGAAACUUCCUGCCAGUUUUUUUCUAGCAGGAUUCUUACACAAUUCUAUCAGAAUGGGCUAUCAGUUCGUUCUAGCAGCAUUCUAGCAGGAUUCUUACAGAACCGAUUGAUUUCGCCGGCUCCUGCUAGAACCGGUUAUUGCAUUUGAGCUGGAAUUCUCAAAGAAUUCUUGAGAAAAGCUAGCAGGAUUAUGGCAGCGUUCUAGUAAGAAUAUUUUCGCUCUGUAAGAUUUCUGUAAGAAACCUGCGAGAACGCCGUGACUGGGAAUUGCCGCGUAACAGAAACCCGUCUGCUUCUGUCAAGCUUGUCAAGUUUGUGUGCAUUGGCCGAUGCACGAAGUGAUUUGUUUACAUUUGUUUGUACACUCCGCAAACGUCAAACCAUACAAAAUUGCUGCCGGAUCUUUUCCGGGAGAGAUCCGGAAAAAAGAUCCUGCACCAAUUUGUAUUGAUUUGACGUUUGCUGAGGGUGCCAAAAAGUUUGGUUAUGUUCUGCUUGCAAAAGAC